GAACAACCAAAAUUAGUAAGUACUUGUAUAGAAUCAUUUUCAUCCUUUAAAAAUAUAUUCUGAAUUAUUUUCGUUUGUUUACUAUUGCCAAAUUUUUAAUAUUUUUAAUAAUUUAUGAUGUCAAUGUAUUAGUUCAAAGAAUUAUCAUAUAACAAAUUAAUAAUUAUAAUUCCACAAUAUGUCACAAUACGAAGAUGUCAUUGUGGAAGACAAAAGGAAUGAUGAUAAUGUAAUAUCAGAAACAGAAAUUCGACAUAGAAUUCCAUGGAGUGAGCGUGUAUUAUUAAACAGUGAAGUACCAGGUUUACAUGAAGUUAAGGAAUUAUUAGAAGAUGAUGAUGCAAGUUGUUUAGCAGAAGAAGAAGAUGGAGUUGGUUGUCCAUUACCUUCCACUCCUGAAGAUGAUCAUCUUUUGGAUUGCGAAAUGACAGAAGUAUUAAAAGCUGGUGUGUUAAGUGAUGAAAUUGAUCUUGGUGCAUUAGCUCACAAUGCAGCAGAACAAGCAGAGGAAUUUGUUCGUAAGGUUUGGGAAGCAUCGUGGAAGCAAUGUCAUUUCAGAAAUCUUCCAAAAUGGUUACAAGAUAAUGAUUUCUUACAUGCUGGCCAUAGACCACCUUUACCAUCUUUUUAUGCUUGUUUCAAAAGUAUAUUUCGUAUUCAUACAGAAACUGGAAAUAUUUGGACUCAUUUACUUGGAUGCAUGGCUUUUAUUGGCAUAGCUAUAUUCUUCAUAACACAACCUCCUAUAGAAAUACAAUUGGAAGAAAAAUUGGUAUUUGGUACCUUUUUUGCUGGUGCUAUUAUAUGUUUAGGAAUGUCAUUUGCCUUUCAUACUGUACACUGCCAUAGCGAAUGUGUUGGAAAAUUAUUUUCAAAAUUAGAUUAUUGUGGAAUAGCUAUGUUAAUUAUGGGUAGUUUUGUACCAUGGCUUUAUUAUGGUUUUUACUGUGAUUAUCAACCUAAGCUUAUUUAUUUAUCAGUGGUUGUAAUACUUGGUGUAACAAGUAUAGUUGUAUCGUUCUGGGAACGAUUUGGUGAACCAAGUUACAGACCAUUAAGAGCAGGUGUUUUUAUGGGAUUUGGUCUUAGUGGGGUAAUACCAGCAGUUCAUUAUGCCAUUGCAGAGGGUUGGUUUAAAGCAAUUAGUCAAGCAUCUCUUGGAUGGUUAAUAUUAAUGGGAUGUUUAUAUAUCUUAGGUGCAAUGUUUUAUGCAUUAAGAGUACCUGAACGAUUUUUCCCUGGCAAGUUCGAUAUUUGGUUUCAGAGUCAUCAAAUUUUCCAUGUAUUAGUAAUUGCAGCAGCUUUUGUUCAUUAUCAUGGAAUAACAGAAAUGGCUAUGUACAGAAUGACAAUAGGAGAUUGUACAAAUCCGUCGCAGGUGAUAGCUUUUUAAUUAUGCAAUGGAUAUAUAAUAUUGUGUUGGAUUUCACCUUAUGUACCUUUAUCAAGACUUAAAAAGAUUCCUAAAUCUUUGUGUAUCAGUAGAUCUGUACUAUAAAAGAACUGCUGGAAACAAUGAAAAUGAACAGCACAAGAUUUUCCUUCUAGUUUAUUGUAAUUAAUCAAGAAUUUUAAAGAAAAUUUAUAAAUUUUUAAUAAAUUCACAAUAAAAUGUGAUAAUUAAGAUUAUUAACAAUAAAUUCAAAAGUUUAAUUAAAUAAAACUUUUUAUACUUUCAUAAAUUUGAAUUUAUGGAAAAUAUAAUUAACUUUGUAUUGUAUAUUAAGCUCGACAUUUAAAAUGUUUCAAUCAUUCAUAAAAAAUUUCAAUGAUAUAAAGUAACAAAUAACAUAACUAUUUACACUUGUUAUUUCUUCUUUUGUAAAUGAUUUAUUUAAAUAAUGUAAUUUAUGUAGUAUCUUUAUUGUAUAAAAAAUGAAUAUAAAAUUACAAAUAUUUUAUUUACUAAUAAUGACUGAUCUCUUGUUUCGUGCAGUUCUCUUACUUGUUAAAAACAAGUUAAUGAAAAACAAUUGUAAAAUAUGAAACAGAGUGCAGAUAUAUGGCAACAAACAAAACUUAAUAUAAUUAAGAUUUAGGAAAUAAUUGCAAAUACAAAUGAUUUUAUAGUAUAAGCACUAUAAAAGUUGUAAUAUAUUUUGAACACUGUUAAAAUAAUGGAAUUAUUUAUUAUAAUGAUUAUGU